AUGGAAUCGAUCGAGGAGGAAAUCGCUAUGGUGCGCAACCUCUUCGGGGAGGACUGCACCCAACGCGAGGGCCACCCUCGGGAGCUGUGGAUUCGUCUUCCGUUUAGUUUUGAGCUCGAGAUCACGCUUCCGGCGGGGUAUUUUGAGGAAAGCCACCCCCAUCUUUUCGUCCGAUCCGCCCCGAACGCGCCGCUCGCGGGGUCCUUCGCGGCGAUCCUCCAUCAGCGGAUGCGGGAGACGAUCCCCCUCGGCACCCCGAUGCUCGCGCUCCUCGUCAGCCUCGCGCAGGACCUCGCGCGGGAGCUCGAAGAAGGAUACCACGAGGAGCGGGAAAGCCUCGCGGCGCGGGAGAACGACGCCGUAGCGGCUCUUUCGCAGGAAAACGACCGCCGGGAGCGCGAGGCGAUCCCGAUUUGGUCGGGAACGGUGGUGGUGGAUCGUCGAUCGCGGUUUGUUGCCCACCUCGCGCCCGUGGGGAGCGUUGAGGAGGUCAAGCAGGUGAUCGCCACCCUCCGUGCGGAUCGGCACCUCAGCGAUGCCGCCCAUCCGACGAUUUGGGCGUAUCGUUUUAAAGACGACCGCGGGGUGCUCCACUCCGAUUUUGACGACGACGGGGAGACGGGUGCGGCCGUGAAAAUGGCGUUUUUGUUAGAUCAGCUCAAGGUCGAAGGGUACGUGGUGGUCGUGACGCGUUGGUUCGGCGGGAUCCUGCUUGGGCCCGAUCGGUUUAAACACAUCAUGGGGGUGACGAAGGAUAUCCUGCUUACGAUUCCGGAGCGAGAAAAGUCGAAAUCGCAGCCGCAACGGCGGCGAGAUUGA